AUGGCUGAUCAAGACAACUUCAUAAAGCUUCAGGACCAGGCACUCUCUGAUUCCGGCAACAAUAUGGACCAAGAGAAGAACGUACCAAAUGACCCUCUUGAUCCUUCGCCUGCACCAGAUGGAGGUCUCCAAGCAUGGCUGGUAGCAGCUGGAUCAGCCUGCAUCUUCUUCUCAUGCCUCGGUUUCGCCAACUCUUUUGGUGUUCUACAAGAAUACUACAUAACUCACCAACUUCAAGGACAUUCAGAAGAUGCAAUCGCUUGGAUUGGAUCCAUCUCGACUUUUAUUCAAUUCGCUGUUGGGGCUUUGAGUGGUCCAAUGUUUGAUCGAUAUGGUUCCUGGGUCCUCCGCCCAGCCGCCGUUACCUACGUAUUCGCGACCAUGAUGACGAGUUUAUGCACCGAAUAUUGGCAGUUCAUGCUUGCUCAAGGUAUCCUCAUGGGCACCGCAAUGGCUUUCCUCCAGAUCCCCGCCUUCGCUGCCGUUUCCCAAUACUUUGACAAGAAGAGAGCCGCUGCUUUCGGAAUAGCCGUGUCAGGCUCCUCUAUCGGCGGAGUUGUCUUUCCGAUCGCAUUGUCAAAGAUGUUGAACGACUCGUCUCUUGGUUUUGGCUGGUCCAUCCGCAUCAUGGGCUUUGUCAUGAUACCUCUCAUGACCUUUUCAUGCAUGGCGGUCAGACCCCGUCUGCCCAGCAGAAAGACUUCGUUCUUCCUGGUUGAGCCUUUCAAAGAUCCUUUGUACUUGCUUGUCAUAGGAUCUCUGUUCUUUCUCUUCAUCGGCAUGUUUGCUCCGCUCUUCUUCAUCCCGACUUAUGCAGUCUCACGAGGUGUCAACCCUACGUUGGCGUCAUAUCUACUCGCCAUUACGAACGCUGCGUCAACCUUUGGCCGUAUCAUCCCGGGAGUACUGGCAGACAAAUAUGGUCGUCUGAACAUGUAUUCCCUCGGAGGACUAUGCACGGGAGUUGUCAUUCUCUGCAUGAACGAGGCAAAGACCACAGCAGCCUUGGUGGUUUAUGCUCUCGUAUUUGGCUUUUGCUCUGGAACAAUCAUCUCCGGUGUGUCAGCAGCCUUCACACUCGUGUCAAAGGAUGCAAGAAACAACGGGACAUACAUGGGAAUGGGACUGGCUGUGAGCUCUUUUGCAGCUCUGAUCGGUCCGCCUGUCAACGGUGUUCUUGUGAGCAAGUAUGGAGGUUUCUUUCAGGUUUCUGUCUUUAGUGGUGUUAUGUGCUUGUUUGGUGGAUGCCUUGCUACUGUGGCUAAGGCGUGGACUGAUAAGGGAAUAUUUGGCCGCAUCUGA